AUGGGCAGACCAAACAUCUCAACCAGUACCGAUGUUGGACAAUUCGCACAGCCUCAGGCUACAGAGCCCCUGCUGGCCCUCGCACACCCGCAGAGCCGAGACCGUCAACCCGGCUACACGAGCGCAUGCACCAAAAUAACCGGGGCCGCCCGACGGCUUCACGUUCCAGUUCGAGCCGUCGACCGGGCGAGACGGCCGUCGGCUGUCCAACGUCAAUGUCGGCUCGGCUUUGCAGGCAUGCGUGCGCACGGCGAGGUCAACCGCGUACGGCAUCGUGACCUGACGUGGGUCAGAGGCCUCUGGGACGAGAGGAGCGCCGCGGACGGCCGUUGCAUAACACCGCACAUCAUCCUGGCACCCCUAAUACGGAUGAACCGGAGGCCGAGCGACCUUGCCGCUGAGAAGGAAGAAGGAUGA